AAAUUAAAAAGAAAAGAAAAUUGCCAGCAAAGGGGAAGCGUGUGAACUGUGAACUCAGAUCCGGGGCGGAGCAACUGCGAUACGGCCCGGGAAGAAGCAACCGCUCUUACGCGUGCGGCGGUGCAGUGCGGUGCGGUGCGGCUGAGGGAGUGAGAACCGAGAAGAACGCACAUCGGAACAGUCACCAGUUGAAUCUCCAGGUACCAAUCCUCGUUUGCGCGUUGCCGAAGAGAAACAUCACACCAGAAACGUAAUCAAUGGAUAUGUACAUUCGUGUUAAGCGUAAGAUGACAACAUACUUCAUCCGGUGCAAGCCAUCUGAUAAAAUUCUUGAUGUAAAGCAGAAGUUGGAAGAACUCGUUGAUCAACCAGCGAAUAAUCAACAGUUAAUUCUACAUGGUACAGGGGAGGUAUUAGAGGACGCUAAGACGUUGGCAGAUCAAAAGGUUGAAAAUGAUGCUGUUGUUGCACUGGCCUUGAGGAAAGAUGAUAACGAGUUUGAGGAGGUCAACAUUGUUCGGCCAAGCGAAUUCUAUCCGGCUCGGGAAGGAGAUGCUGCCAAUUGGUAAUGCAAAACACCAGCAAAGGUGGCUUGGUGACAUCCGGUAUCGCUCAGGAAACAUCUUCAAACUAUUGGUCAAUUGUAGGGUUAAUGAUGUACUACUUCUUUGCUUAAGAGAAUAUGGUGUUCUCUUUCUGCCUCAGUUUUUUCAGGGUGAAUCACAUUUGUGGUUAAGGUCUAGAUUGGCAUUAUACCAAUGCGAUGCUAAAGGAUUGAUAAUAUAGGGCAAUAGGCUCAGGUCAUCUACAAACUUUAAACAUUUACGUAAUAUUAGGCAAUUACUAUUUAGCAUUUCAAUAUAUGGGUUUGAUUUCUUUAA